CGCCGUGCAUUGGGCCUAGUGUAUGGCCAGCCGAUAAUAGUCAUUACCUUUUAACAAAUUUCAACUAAAACUCUUUUUUUCCAAUCUGAUUCUGACUUGCAGCGAAGUUUGAAUGAUCAAGAGCAAUUGAUCCUGGUGUGCCACACCACAUUACACUUCUUCACUUUGCAUGAAUGAUAAGAUGGUGUAGUGAUUUGGGUGCACACGAAUUAAAGAUCAUGUCAUUUUUCAUUAAACCAUUAGGAAUAUCGUGAGCCAUCAGGGACUCAGUUUUCUAUAAUGUCCCUGGGAAGAAUGGACUAGAUUUUCUUCAAGUAUCUAAAAAAUCGUUCAUGUAAAUGUGGGGAUUUUGUAUUCUAGAGUAUUAUUUAGAAAAAGUUCUCUCUCUCUCUCUCUCUCUCUCUCUCUCUCUCUCCAACAGUCUGGAGUAUGGGCUGGUCAACAGUAACUAGCUCCGGAGAAGGAAGAUCGUCCAAGAAAGGUGAUGCGGGGCUCCGGUGAAGGAUGGAAGAUCCAAGAAAGGUGGUGCGUCCAUUGACCAGAGAAAUCUAGCUAUGCAUGCAGACAUGCUUGGCCUCCGAUCCACAACGAACAAAACGACCAGCCACACAAUUAAUCAUCUCGUUAUAUUAAAGAUGAGCACGGUUAGCAUUCUAACCUUUUUUAGAAACUAAUCCAUCUGCCAUUGCGAUCCGCUAGGCUUGCUUGAUCCACCGGGGCAUUGGCAUGAGGGGAGGAGCUGGAGAGAAGCUCCACCACAAGGAGGCCAAUGUCGCGCACGGCGCCGCAGCCGUGUACGGCGGCGCGGGGAAGGGGGCGGCCAAGUCCUCUUUCCUGUAUGGCCUCUUCCUCUACGUCGUCCUGCCGGUGCUGGUCCUGUACUUCGUCGUCAUCGCCGCGUCGCAGUUCUACAACCCGCGGUGCUCGCCGGAGGGCAACGUGGUCAUGGCGGCGGGCCAUUUCAUGGUGGCCAAUAAGCCCAACGUUUCGUCGUUGAACGCUUCUUCGUCCUCAGCUCCUCGUCCUCCACCGGCGGCGGCCAAGGCGGCGAGGGUGGUAACGGCGGAGGAAGCGCCCACCGGGCUGCGCCACAUCGUGUUCGGCAUCGGCGCGUCGGCGUCGCUGUGGCAGAGCCGGAAGGAGUACAUCAAGCUGUGGUGGCGGCCGGGGAGGAUGCGCGGGUUCGUGUGGAUGGACCGGCCCGUGCAGGAGUUCUACUCCAAGAGCUCCCGCACGGGGCUCCCGGCGAUCAUGGUGAGCUCGGACACGUCCAAGUUCCCCUACACCCACGGCGCGGGCAGCCGGUCGGCGCUCCGGAUCUCGCGCAUCGUCUCCGAGACGUUCCGGCUGGGGCUCCCCGGCGUGCGGUGGUUCGUGAUGGGCGACGACGACACGGUGUUCCUGCCGGAGAACCUGGUGCACGUGCUGUCGCAGUUCGACCACCGGCAGCCGUACUACAUCGGGUCGCCGUCGGAGAGCCACAUCCAGAACCUCAUCUUCUCGUACGGCAUGGCGUUCGGCGGCGGCGGGUUCGCCAUCAGCCGCGCGCUGGCGGAGGAGCUGGCCAAGAUGCAGGACGGGUGCCUGCACCGGUACCCCGCGCUGUACGGCAGCGACGACCGCAUCCACGCGUGCAUGUCGGAGCUGGGCGUGCCGCUGACCCGGCACCCGGGGUUCCACCAGUGCGACCUGUGGGGCGACGUGCUGGGGCUGCUGGGCGCGCACCCGGUGGCGCCGCUGGUGACGCUGCACCACCUCGACUUCUUGGAGCCGGUGUUCCCGUCGACGCCGUCGCGGGCCGGGGCGCUGCGGCGGCUGUUCGACGGGCCGGUGCGGCUGGACUCGGCGGCGGUGGCGCAGCAGUCGGUGUGCUACGACCGGGCGCACCAGUGGACGGUGUCCGUGUCGUGGGGGUUCGCGGUGAUGGUGGUGCGCGGGGUGCUGUCGCCGCGGGAGAUGGAGACGCCGAUGCGCAGCUUCCUCAACUGGUACAAGCGCGCCGACUACACGGCCUACUCCUUCAACACGCGGCCGGUGGCGCGGCAGCCGUGCCAGAAGCCGCACGUCUACUACAUGCGGGGGAGCCGGAUGGAGCGCCGCCGGAACGUGACGGUGACGGAGUACGAGCGCCACCGGGUGAAGCACCCCGCCUGCCGGUGGCGCAUCGCCGACCCCGGCGCGCUGCUCGACCACAUCGUCGUGCACAAGAAGCCCGACCCCGACCUCUGGAAGAGGUCGCCGAGGAGGAACUGCUGCAGGGUGCUUUCGUCGCCGAAGAAAGGCAAGGACCGGUCGAUGACCAUCGACGUCGGCGUGUGCAGGGACGGCGAGUUCGCCAAGGUCUAAUUGGUUAGGUCAGCAGGGUCAUUAUGUAUGUGUAUAUAUAGUGUGCAUAAAUAUAUCACACACGGAAUCCUUCUAUUAUACUAUAUAUUAAUUAACACAUUAU